CCUGGGUAUUGCCGGAAUGCAGAGACUGGGAUCCCUUCAUGGGAUCUGUCGUUGGUAUAUUUAUGCAACUCAUGGACUGUUAUGUGAAAUAAUGUUUACAGCGACAUGGGACUUUUUCACCACCUUCAGCUGGAAGCUGAUAGGAGUCAGUAGCAUCUGGGCAUUUUUCAUAUAUGGAACAGCAAUUUUCAUCAUAGAAAAAAUGUCUCUAUAUCUGCAGACAAGAUGCCAUCUUUUGUGUAGGUGCCUAAUAUACACCCUAUGGACAUACCUAUGGGAGUUUUCCACUGGCUUCAUAUUGAAGAGUCUUGAUGCUUGCCCUUGGGACUAUUCUCACUUUCCUGGACACAUCAUGGGCCUUAUCACCAUGGAGUAUGCCGUGCCGUGGUUUUUUGGCUGUAUGAUAGCAGAACAGGUGGUGAUCAAACAUACACUUAAUCUGCAAUUGUCCCAGAAAGGAAACCAUAAAAAACACAAGGGGAUUUAACACUAUACAAGCCUUUGCAAUCGCACUAUAGACUUAAUAAAGCUGCAAUGACUUAGAUAAAAUAAUGAAAUCAAUAUAAACAUUGUAUCAAUAUUCAAGUCUAGUAGUAAAUAAUGGGACUACUAUCUGUCAAAGCUGCUAUGUUCUAUUGCAAUUAGUAAUCCCAACAAACAUUGGUGGUCAUUCCGAGUUGAUCGCUCGCUAGCAGUUUUUAGCAGCCAUGCAAACAAAUUGUCGCCGCCCACCGGGGAGUGUAGUUUCGCUUUGCAGAAGUGCGAACGCCUGUGCAGCAGAGCGCCUGCAAAAACAUUUUGUGCAAAACAAGACCAGCCCUGUACUUACUCUUCGCAUGCGUUGAUUCUAACGUUGGUGGGUUGGCUUUUGACGUCACACAUCCGCCCUGCAUUCGCCCAGCCACGCCUGCAUUUUCCCUGGCACGCCUGCGUUUUUCUAAGUACUCCCUGAAAACGGUCAGUUGACACCUAGAAACGCCCCUUUCCUGUCAAUCUUCUUGCGGCCACCAGUGCUAAUGAAAACGUCGCUAGAACCUGUGCAAAACCACAAAGGCCUUUGUACCCGUACGUUGCGUGUGCGCAUUGCGGUCCAUACGCAUGCGCAGAAAUGCAGAUUUUUAGCCUGAUCGCUGCGCUGCGAACAACGGCAGCUAGCGAUCAACUCGGAAUGACCCCCAUUGCACCAUCUAUAGUCAAAAUCGCAAGAAAAGUUAGUGCAGAUCGCAAGAUGAAAGUCACCUUGCGAUCCCGAUGCGCGGUCCUGCCAGGUCUGCAUCGCAAGAAAAGAUAGACUGUGCAGUCAAGUCAAUCCUUGCUAGAUCGGUGUACUAUCUAGUUCAUCUCACAUGUCAAUGACAUCUCACAUAAGCCAAAAUCUCACAUAAGACAAAAUCGUAAGCACACAUAGUCCAUAUCUCAAGAAAAGUUAGUCAAAAUCUGUGCUAUCUGGGCUCCGGGGAGUUCAGGGAAAAUCGCAAGUGAAAAUCGUGCAUAGCAAGGAUCUCAACGUGUUUACACACCUAAGACUACAGAGGUAAAUGUAUGGAGAACACUUUGAUUUAAUUGGGAUCAAUCUCCCAAAGACACUAUGGCCCUCAUUCCGAGUUGUUCGCUCGCAAGCUGCUUUUAGCAGCUUUGCACACGCUAAGCCGCCGC